CCUGCAAGUCGUGCACAGCUCAAGCAAGCACUAAAUUCGAUCUCACAACUGAAAUGGCACCACAAACCGAAACCUCCUUCGUCUCGAAGACGCAGCACUACCUGAAGGUGAAGAAGCCGCUGCUCGAGCGGCAGCGCAGGGCGCGCAUGAACAAGUGCCUGGACACGCUGAAGACACUCGUUGCCGAGUUCCAGGGCGACGAUGCCAUACUGCGCCUGGACAAGGCCGAAAUGCUCGAGGCCGCACUUGUCUUCAUGCGCAAACAGCUCAUCAAGCAGCAGGCGCCCGUCUCACCUGUGCCCAUGGACAGCUUCAAAAACGGCUACAUGAACGCCGUCAGCGAAAUCUCCCGGGUGAUGGCCUGCACGCCGGCCAUGAGUGUCGAUGUUGGCAAAACGGUGAUGACCCACCUGGGCAUUGAGUUCCAGCGCAUGCUGCAGGCAGAUCAGCCACAGCAGCAACAGCAACAACAACAACAGCAGCAGCAGCAAAGCAAAUUGGAAUCAUCGCCAAUCAGUCGUCCAGUUAGCCCAGCAUCUUCUGGCUAUCACAGCGAUGCCGAGGAGUCUGACGCAGCCGCCAGUCCACAGCCAUCCAGCAAUCCCAUGUGGCGCCCCUGGUAAACCACAAAACCAUCAACAAUCUACAACAUCUACAACUACAACUACAACCAUAACAACGAAUCAUGUCUUCCAAUUGACUCGAUGUAAACUGUGAUAACAAGAGCUUUACGUAGAUCUAAGAACAACAUACUUAUAAGAAAACCAGCUUUAAUAGUGUUAAGCCUAAUUGUAAAUAUGUAGCCAGAUUUUGUUUACUAACUUUAGGCAAUAAGCAAAUA